UAAUCAGAUGUUACAAUAUACGGUAUAAAUUUCCGUUAAAUUGAAAAAUUCUACGAGUCUACAAAUGGUCUAAAGAAAACACGCCAAGAAACAACUGUUCCUGCAACGAGUUAGUUAGCUUUGUUUUCAAACAGAACUCGCAAAUGGAAAUUAAACAAAAGAGUGUUGCACUAUUGGUAUUGGCAAUUCUUCUGAAAGCCAAAGGAUGCGUCAUUAUUAAUAGUUCUGAAAUAGAAGGACAAUGCAAAACUAAAACUGUUGUACUACAGGAUCUCAUAAAUCAAGGAAUUUUGAUGAAAUCGUCACUUUCGACAAAAUUAAACAUGCUAUCUUCAGGGAUUGAGCAACUCCAAUGUACAGAUUGUAACGCAACAGCCACAAGACAAGUUAUCCAGGGCUUGAAUUCUGCACUGGAAUCUAUGCACAAUCAUCUAAAUAUGUGUUUAGAAAAAACUGCCGAGAGAGCUUUUCUUAAGGACUGCCAAAUCCUAUUGAAAUUUGGGUUUGUCGAAAGUAAGGUCUACACGAUUUACUCACAAAAAGGUCAAGGGUUCCGAGUUUACUGUGACCAGACAACAGACAAUGGAGGGUGGAUGGUUAUUCAAAGGAGAAAAGACGGAUCAUCAGAUUUCUAUAGAAACUGGGCUGAUUACAAAAACGGGUUCGGUGAUCUUUCAAAUGAGUUCUGGCUUGGAAAUGAUAAGAUUCACGAAAUUGUAAAAACUGGACACUACAUGUUGCGAAUUGACAUGAAAGACUUUGAUGGAAAUCAACGUUUUGCCAUCUAUAGAAAAUUUAACGUUGGGGAUGAGAAAUCUGGUUACAUUCUAACCGCGGGAGGAUACAGUGGGACUGCUGGAGAUUCCCUUUCUCAUCAUAACGGACAGAAAUUUUCUACAAAGGACAGAGACUUUACCGGACGCUGUGCCACAACUUAUAAAGGUGCCUGGUGGUAUGCCAAGUCUUGUCACUUAUCUAAUCUUAACGGACUCUAUCUCAAAGGAAAACACUCAUCUUAUGCUGAUGGGGUUAACUGGUACAGCUGGCAUGGGCAUUAUUAUUCCUUAAAAGAAACUGAAAUGAAAAUAAGAAAAGUAAACAGUCAAUAAAUAAGCUUU